UCCCUCUGCCCCUCUGACCGGUGGAACCGGUUCGUCCACGGCCCACGCUCUCCGUCCUCCGCCCUCCGAAAAGCGAAGCCCGCCUAUACGGCCCUCCGAGAAACCUUCUAUUUCUCUCGCUUUCACUUGCUAUUCCCCGAGGGAGUUCUAGAAAAGAAGGGGCGGAGGAACGUGGAGCGAUGUGGAAGAAGGGGAAGAAGAGGAACGACGAGGAGUCCGCCGGUGGGGACUCCGACGGAGCGCCACCGUCAAAGAAGCUCGCCAAGGCGGAAUCCGAUGACGAUGGCAUCGUCGUCUGUGAGAUAUCGAAGAACAGGAGGGUUUCGGUGCGGAGCUGGCAGGGGAAGGUCGUGGUGGACAUCAGAGAGUUCUACAUCAAGGACGGGAAGCAACUCCCUGGAAGGAAAGGCAUCUCGCUUCCCUUGGAUCAGUGGAAAGUGCUGCGGGACCAUAUUGAGGAAAUUGAUGAGGCAGUAAAGGAAAAUUCGUAGUCUGAAUCAGCUUUGAAGAAGAUGCUGGACCGCUGGUGAUGCAACUUUUUCUCUUAUAACGUUUUGAUCAACCUCGCUUUGUACUUAAGGUGCCAAGUAUGACAUCUCUACUUAAUUAUCCCUGUUUAUUUUAACUAACCAAAUACUGCUUCCUUUUGGUGCGUAUAAGACUUGUAAUACUUUAGAUUAACCUAUUUCUAGUUACCUAGAGCUAGAAGUCUAUGAAGCAGGUAGCAGAAUAUGUUUUUGUGUUCCCUUGGUGGGACAUUGAUCCUAGUGAUUGAGGCCGUCUGCACUGUUGGAACAUGUUGAGUGGGCCGGUUGCUUAUUAUUUUCUCACACUGGAAUCCUACUAUAUGCUAUUGCGAUGCAGUGCAUAAAUCAGCAAGUAUUUAUGGUUCCUCAGCUGUAA